UUCUUCUUGGCCUGUUUCUUUUUUCUCUAUUUAUUUCUUUGGAUUUUAAUCUCUUCGAUUUUCGAUGAAGCUUAGACAGAUGUUAACAAUAGUUUCAUGAAAAUGGCUCCAACAAAAUUUGUGUUUAUUUAUAUAAUCAAAAGUUCAAAACACUUCCACUCACAGAUUUUCCGGCAAAAGUAGUCAAAUGUGCAAGACUCAUGUUCUCCGCAGUCUUCGCUGUUAAUAAGAUUCUGAAAGAAGGAAAGGUCACGACGAUGAGCUGCUGCUGAUGUGAGAGACCUUUGUUUUUAUUCGUUUACAAGGAGGGCAAAAUACAAAUUAGAGAAGGAGAAGAAGGAGACAAAACAAUGAGUGUCUCUUUGAGUGUGAUGACAUUCAAUCUUCACGAUGAUCAACCUGAAGAAAGCCCUAACUCAUGGCAGAAAAGGAAGGAUUUGUGUCUCAGUGUCAUCACCAGUUACUCCCCCAUCGUUCUCUGCACCCAACAAGGUGUGAAGUCGCAGUUGGAUUAUCUUCAGCAGGGCUUGCCAGCCUAUGAUCAGUUUGGCAUAUCAAGAAAAGGGUCUCAGGAUGCCACUGAUGAAUCUUGCACCAUCUUCUACAACAAGGAAAAAGUAGAGCUGCUAGAGGGUGGAACUUUUUGGUUGUCAGAGUCUCCCUCGGUCCCUGGAAGCACGGCAUGGGGUUCUGCAGUUCCUUGUAUAGCGACAUGGGCCACAUUCCAACUGAGACAAGUGGAGCCGCCGGGUUUUUCGUUUCAGAUAGUCAACACAAACUUGGAUGAAAUCAGUCCUCGUGCUCGUAGGCGAAGUGCUUUGCUCACAUGGCAACACAUAGCAUCAUUACCUCCCACCUUGCCCGUUGUGUACUGUGGAGGAUUCAACACACAGAAAGAAUCAACAACCGGGCGAUUUCUGUUGGGCAGAUCUAGAGAGCAUGGUGUGGUAGGGGACAUGAGAGAUGCAUGGCCAAGUGCCCGAGUACGUAAAAAUGCCGCUCUUAUUAGAACAUAUCAUGAUUUCAAAGGUGAUAAGCAGGGAACGGUCGAGUUCCUGAAGCUAAUAUUCAGAGCGCUAUGCCUCUGCUGGGACCGACAAACACAAGAUCUACACACGGAUUGGAUACUCUACAGAGGCCGGUCUGUAGUUCCCGUAAUGUGCGAGGUGGUAAAUGAUAAGAUCGACGAGUUGUAUCCUUCGUCUCACUACCCUGUGUUUGCUGAGUUUAUGCUUCCUCGUUCUGUAAGAAUGCUAGAAACUACUACUCCUGUUCCUGCUCGUGCUCAAGAGGAAGCUAGAACACUUGUCAUGUCUUAAGCUUUGGCAAAAUGCUGAUUGUUGUUGUGCAAAUUAUCUCUGUUUCCUCUCAGAGCCUUAUUGGUUUGAGCUAUAUAACUUGUUCAAAAGAAAUAACUAUUUUUUUGU